CCGGGUGUGUGCCAGGGAGCUCCUCGUCUGUAUUGUCGGCGGCCGGAGGCCAACGCUGAAGAGAGGAGCAGUCGCCAUCCUACACGCCUGGCCCGCACCGCCCCUGCACCUGGCCUCCUUGCCCUCCACAGGCUGGGCCGCAGAGGCGCAGCUGGGCAGCCCUACCGGAGUGCCCCACGCCUGUACUAACUGCCCGCUCUUCAGGCCUUCGGGCCCGAGCCUCCUCUGGGCGCACGACCUCGACGGUUAGCCUCAGAUCAGCGGGAAGCACAGACCAGCUGCAGGAGCCCCAGCCCCAGGACCAAUUCCGGACCCCUUGACCGUCUGGCACCAGCACGCAAACGGCCCUUCAGCCGGCGACCCGGGCCUAGUCCCGGUCCCAACACCGCUGCCGGCGCCUGGCCUCGAGCUCCGGAACACGAGCAGAGCCGUCGGUGGGCGGGACACUCCUGAGCCUCUGUCUGCACUGAGCCAGCCCCGAAACCGAGGGCACCAAGCCUCCAGAGCACCCCUGCUGGGGAAGCUGUGCCCCGAGUGCCAGCCCACGAGGACUCCCAGAGCUCUCCGCAGAGGGGCCCAGCGCCCUCUCCCUUGGCCCUGCAGCCCAGCCCCACAGCCUCGCAGUCUCGCCCCUGCCCCUCGACAGCAGCGGGCGGCGGGGACACCCCGGGACGCGGGACGGCUGCGCCAUGACGGCUGAGAGCCGGCCGCCGCCGCCGCAGACGGAGGCGCUGGCGGCCGUGAAGGAGGAGCGCGGUGAGCCUGGGACCGGGGUCCCAGCGGAGGCGGCGGGUCGCGGCGCGGGCGGGCGUCGGCGGAAGCGCCCCCUGCAGCGCGGAAAGCCACCCUACAGCUACAUUGCGCUCAUUGCCAUGGCUAUCGCGCACGCGCCGGAGCGCCGCCUCACGCUGGGAGGCAUCUACAAGUUCAUUACCGAGCGUUUCCCCUUCUACCGCGACAACCCCAAGAAGUGGCAGAACAGCAUCCGCCACAACCUGACGCUCAACGACUGCUUCCUAAUCCCGCGCGAGGCGGGCCGCCCAGGCAAGGGCAACUACUGGGCCCUGGACCCCAACGCCGAGGACAUGUUCGAGAGCGGCAGCUUCCUGCGUCGCCGCAAGCGCUUCAAGCGCUCGGACCUCUCCACUUACCCAGCCUACAUGCACGACGCCGCCGCCGCCGCCGCCGCCGCUGCCGCUGCCGCCGCUGCCGCCGCCAUCUUCCCGGGCGCGGUGCCCGCUGCCCGCGCGCCUUACCCGGGCGCCGUCUACGCAGGCUAUGCCCCGCCGUCGCUCGCCGCGCCGCCUCCAGUCUACUACCCCGCUGCCUCUCCAGGACCGUGCCGCGUCUUCGGCCUGGUGCCUGAGCGGCCGCUCAGUCCUGAACUAGGUCCCUCGCCGUCGGGGCCCGCGGGUUCCUGCGCCUUUGCCUCCGCAGGCGCUUCCGCCGCCUCCACCGGCUACCAGCCUGCCGGCUGCGCUGGGGCGCGACCCGCCAACCCCUCUGCCUAUGCGGCCGCCUACGCGGGCCCGGAUGGCGCGUACCCUCAAGGGGCAGGCAGUGCCCUCUUCGCAGCGGCUGGCCGGCUGGCGGGGCCCGCCUCGCCUUCUGCGGGUGGCAGCAGUGGUGGCGUCGAAACCGCAGUGGACUUCUACGGGCGCACAUCGCCCGGCCAGUUCGGAGCGCUGGGGCCCUGCUAUAAUCCUGGUGGGCAGCUCGGAGGGGGCAGUGGAGGCGCCUACCAUGCUCGCCAUGCGACUGCCUAUCCUGGCGGCGUGGAUCGAUAUGUGUCCGCCAUGUGAGCCGAGCAUACAGUCGAAAAUUCCCGGACACCUCGGCUGUCCACAUGAACUAAGUAUCCCCGAGACCAGAGAACAGAACUGGAGAGAGGAUUGAGAGCCACGUGGAAGGGACCGGUGCACCACGUACACACCCGGUUCGCUUUGGAAAUGGGAGGAGGUGGGGAGGUGUUGCGGUGGCCCACGGACUGGGACAAACGACCCUCAAUAAGGCGAAGCUCCAAAGGACGUGCCUUUCUGACAUUCUGCUGGGGAGUAUCCUUGGCGAUAAUGGGCGCGCAGCGUAGUGCCUACACCAGAGUCUAGGAUCCAGAUUGUGGGGAAUCACGUCUUCACUAUUCCCUGUAUUGCAAGAAACUCGGGCCUUUUUACACGGUUCUGCCUCUUGUGCCUUUGAUUAGGUUACUACAACAAAAGGCUCCAAUAGCACCUUAAGAAAGGUGCGGAGGAUGAGUUUGCAAAAGAAGUAGUCUCCCUCCUUUAAAAAACAAAACAAAGCGGGGAACUCUCUUCCCUUCGUUUGACCUGGGGCUGGUUUUCCCUGCCUCUGAGAACUGCAGAUCUGGUUCUUAGUCUGGACCCUGCGUGCCUCAGCUCCAUAGUGUGACCUAAGUCCUACCGCCCACAACCCCAGUUUCCCCAUCUGUUAGAUAAGAGGGCUGCAGGAUUCGACCCCUGUGUGAUCUUUAAGGGCCCGUUGUCGCUGUAGAUGCUGCCCUGCAUAUUUGGCAGCAUCGGCAGGCCACCCAGGCCUAACCCUAUUCCCAAGAACCCCGAACAGAGCUCAUGGCAAGCGCCUAAUCUAAAGUCUCUGGAUUGGUUCCAGGCAGCAAUUAUAUUAUAAUUUCUUGAAUCUUUUGAGCAUGAUGUGCUGAUCAUUUGGUCGCUGUUACUGCUAGGUCAUAAAUUCGGUUUUCCAGUGAGGCAGGUAAAAAUAAAUUUGUCCAUUGGCCACUCUUUCUUUUCAUUAAGCAACCCUGGACCAAAUUAGCAAACUAAAAUUCAAGGAGACCACAGGACUCAGGGGAGCCCUUUGGUGACAGCUUUCAGUUGGUUGAGCUGGCUCUUCCAACCCUGGCACCCUCUGCCAUACGAAAAGGAAAGAGAAAAAAUAAUUGGGGCUGUCAGUGAAGCAAGCUUUAGAAAGAAACUGGAUUUUUCACUUUGUUUUGUAUCCAUUUGUUUUAAGCAUCAAGCUGACCAAAAUCAGAGAAAAUCCAACCACUUUCUCACCGUUCUUUGGAGAGAUCUUCUAAGUUUUUAUUCUGGAGUGAACAUUUCCAGUGUUAAAUACUCCAGAGGCUCAGAGUGCAGCUUUCAGAUAAACCGGAGGGUUCAGAUGAACUGUUUUAAUAAAAAUCUUUGAUCAAGUGAGUUCUGGCAAGAGAAACUCAGCCCCUUUCUGUGUAGUUAACUUGCUAGGGAAGGCGUGGGGAUUGUGUGAGAAAGAAAACUGAAAACCAUUGGUAAUUUCUAUUUUUAAUUUUGGAAAUUGCGGUACCUUGUUCACAAAGACGUGUGAAUGUGAUUCUGUCCAGACGGGUAUUUGUCUAAAUCAGUACUGUCCAAUAGAAACGUCGUAAUGCAAACUACAUGUGUAACUUAAAAUUUUCUAGUAACCAUAUUAAUAAAAAAAACCA